AUGUUCUUCCGGUCCGCCUCAUUAGGGGCUAUCUUCGCCUUUACGGAGACUAGGACCUGCCUCGUUCACUUUCACCUGGCCUACCACAACGAACAACCUCGUCCGGGUAUCCACCUCUUACCAUGCCCCCCGUCCCGUCCCCGUCCAUGCCCAUGUGCUCCUAAUCAGCCUCCACCGAGAGUGUUGUUCAACUCACCUACCUCGCGCGGCAUUCUCACUGCUGCCUCCUUUCUCUCCGAGGACCUCAACAAGCGCAAAACUCACUUGUUUGUAGCGUGUUGCGCCUGA